AUGUUCGUCCGCACCGACAAGGACCUCCCGGUCGACCCCUCCUACCCAGCAGACCUUACCCAGCUCAACUACAAGCUAGACGACAAGGGUGAGUUCGUCAAGAUCACUAACCCAGAAGGACCGAACAAGCACUUCACGUUUUUCAUCUCCAGCUCCGACCGCGUCAAUGAGGUGCACAAGGAAGCGACGCACACUGCUGUUCGCGAAAUCAUCAAAGGUGAGUUGAGCAAGUUUGGCGUGCGUGAACUCUUCUUGGCAGGCGGCGGCGGCGAUGAGGUGUUGGGUGGCGUGCAGCCCAAGGACAAGCACAUGGUGGUCAUGACGUCGGAUGUGGAGGUGUUGAAGGAGAAGAACGAUGUGAUCGUGAUUGUGGGCGAGCUGAACCAGGACAUGGGAGUGUGGGCGUGGCGGUCGUGCAUGAGGGAGGGUGGUAUUAAUGGCGGAUCGGUGGUUGGCAUGAUGAAGAAGCUGCAAGCGCUGGAUAUGAACAAGCCUGAGAGCGGUGUCCACCCAGUCUUGAGCUCUCCGCCAGUCUCCCCAGUGGAUGGGGUCUUCGACUUUGGGCCUGCCGCCGCCGCGAUGCUCGAGGCAUCCAAAGCGCAGAAGAUGCCAGGUAUCAUCAUCCUCAAUCCUGGGCAGCUCCACUACUCCCACAAAGAGGGCAAGUGCAUGUCCUGGCCAGCCUGGUCUGCUCGUAAGCGUGCUUCGGCCAUCGCCAAAGGUUUCGUGAUCGACGAGGAGUACAACCGCGUUCCCGGCCACUCCCACCCCGAAGAGCAUAUCGCCACGAUGUUCGAGAAAGUCAUCCCACAGCUCAUUCGCAAGGACGCUAAGCUCUACGUUCUCGGCGUCACGGACGGUGCAGAGCGCUUUAUCAAGUGGGCGGGGGCAGCAUUGGAGGCGAACCCUGACAGCGGGAUCGCUAAUCAGGUUCAUGCGAUGGCGUUCACCGAACCGACUCACAAUCCGGGCGAGGUUCAAGUGUCACUGCGUGUCCGUAUGCUUCACGCUGGGCGCGCCUGGGUCAGAUCAACUGUACCGCUGGGCACGUACAUCAACAGUCCUGGUGCUACGGCGGAGGACCGUUUGAAGAUUGGGAAGGCGGCGAAGGAGAAGGCUGAGGAGGAAGAGGAAGGACCGAAGGAGAUGGCCAGCAACGCCGGGAACAAGAUCACGCACAACGACCAUGAUGAAGCCACCCCGGAAGAGCCAGUUGAUCUCACCGACAGCGCCACCUCUCUUACGCACAUGGAAGCCUCCCCAUCGAAAUCCCACAUCAGCAACUACGACGACGACUUCGUGGAGAUGCGCGCCCUGAGCGAGUCGAUCGAGCAGUUCAAGGAGUGCGAGGCCACGAACAAAGAGGCCAGGGAGAAGGCUAAGGCAGCUGGGGUGCCCGUUCUCGAGGUGGAAGACGUUACUGCUGCUGCUGACGAGCUCGAUUUGAGCUCCAUGCGCGGGUCCACUCACUCGGAGAAGGGUGAGGAGGAGGUUGAUGGUGCGGACGACUACAGCAAUCUUCCUGUCUCGGUGGCGACGUUCUCUGGCGGUGUCUCCGACAUCGAUGAGAUGUUGGUGCCCACGAGCAUGGAUCUGAUCCUGGAGUGGUUCGUGCGUCGCUCGGAGAUGUCGUAA